AUGGCCAAAGUAGCUCCAGAACUGAUUCUUGAUGCCGAACAACUACCAAAUACUACUGCCGUCCCACAAAUGGACCAAGCACCUCCAAAAGAGUUGCCAAAACCUUUGGCUGACUUUAAACAAUACGUCGACUCCAAAAUGUGCUACUAUUCCAAGCCUGUUGAAAAAGCUGAACUCAUAAGUGUUGAGCCAAAGAUUGCCUAUCAGUGUCAUAUGAAAAUACUCAUGGAAACACGAAAAUUACGCACGGAAGUAACGCCUUACCGUUGGGAUACUGAUACGGUCUUGGGUAGCCAUACAUUGGGUAAGUUAACAUGUUAA